AUGUCCCUCAAGGACAUCGGAAAGUACGAUGUAUCUGAAGAGGCGCAAGCUCUCAAAGAUAAAUUAGCAAGCCAAGACACUGAGAAUGCAGGCCUACGAAGCCGCCUAAUGAAGAGAGAGGCCGAGCUAGAGGAGUUAAAGACAUCGUUAAAUGAAACAUUGUACAAGCUCAGCACCGAGGCCGAUCGUGCUCUCAGGCUUGAAAGCGAUCUGGCGCGGCGCUCAGACGAACUCAAGAUCGAGAAAAUGGCUUCUAGGAAUGGAGAAGCUGCACUUUUUGCUGCGCAGGAUAGACUGAAAGCUGAAGAACGAGCAGCACGAGAGCUCGAGGCAACGCUUGACACCAUGUCUUGCCAGUCCGAGUCAGUCAGGGCUCAAACUUUUAAACUGGAGACAGAGAAGCGAAAUAUGGAGUCUCGCGUGCGUGAGCUAGAGAGGAUGUUGGAAAGUACAAAACCCCAGCCAACAGCUAACUCUCGAUUGCCGCAGCGAAAUGGGAGGCCUCGGUCUUCCUCUGCCUUGCGCGACAUGGAAAUGAAACUCACUCGAGCUCAGGAAGACCUUGUCAAGACACAGAAUACGCAAUUUUCAGUGGAGAAGGCUAUGCAGGCCCGUAUCGCGGAGCUCGUAUCAGUAAUAGAGGACAAGAAUGAGGAGCUGGAGGUGCUGAAAUCAAGUCAGGGCGCGGGGAACGCAAUGGAGAGGGAGGAAGAGUUGGUGAAGAGGAUCGACGAAGAUGAAGUGAAGAUAAAGACAUUGGAAAGCCUCCUACGCGAGCAGCAGAGUGGACCCACACAAGCAACGUAUGAUAAGCUGCAAAGAAGGCUACGUGCUGAAUCGGAGAAGCUUACCAGCUCAGAGAAGAGAUUGCGAGACCUGAUGGAGGAGAAAAAGGAAGCACAAGACGCAUGCACUAAUACUCGCCAGGAGCUGGACAGAACGGAUCGGCUUCUCCAGGACAGCAAGGAGCGUAUUAGAGCUAUGACGGUCAUUGAGAGUGGAUUAAAACAAGAGAUUAUGGACCUUCGGAGCAAUGAGGAGUCAGCGCGGCGUUCGACGGCCACUGACCAGGACCAUAUGGAUAUCGAUGUUGACGACACCCAAUCCAACUUCGACAGCAGCUUCCUGUACCCAAAUUGCUCUACUCCAUUGCCUCCGGCCAAGGCCAACCUUUCUGCUCACCCCGGUGAAGCAACGCUCGCCAAUUACAUCGAAACAUUGCUCGCCGCUGUAGACAGAAUACGAAGCGAGCGAGAUGACCUACGACGCACCCUCGAAUUCUCCUCGACCGAGGCUCGAAUCACAGUCCAAACAUUGGAGAAGCGCAUCCACGAGCUCACACAGGAGGCGGAUGGGGCUUCGGCCUACAAUCGGCGGAACAAACGUCUUGUCCUUUUCAUCACAGCCCUGGGCGUCGUUGUGAAUCACCUACGCAGUCGUUUGCAUGCUGCUGAGCAAAACCAAGUCCUGGACCACUCCCAAUUAGUCGCAGAACGAGAUGCCAUGUUACGAGACCUUCAAAGCAAGUUCGAGGUCUCGUGCCAGCAGUUGACCGUAUCGGAAGAGUCGCGUAAUCACCUGCUCCUACUGGUCACAGAGCUGGAAGCCAAAGUUCAAUCUCUGGCUGCCGAAGUACAGGCAGCGGAGUCAUCUCACGAGGAUACCCGCGAUGCGCUCCAGCGAGCAGAGGAACAAUUAGUUGACCUUACAAGAACGUAUCAGAACAUCGAAUCCGAACGUAAUUCACUCAGCCUCCAAGUCACAAAUCUCCAAACAGACUUGGAGGCUGCACAGGAAGAAUUAACGGGCGCUCAUGUCCGCUAUAGCGCUCUGCAAGCGCAACAGUUAUCCACCAUGUCAGCGACUGGGGUAGCUCACGCGCUUCGUGAACAGAUACAGGAACUUGAAGGUCGUGUCAACCGCCGCACGGAGCAGAUCGGCGUUCACCAACAUGACAUUCGCCGCCUGGAGACCAACCUCAAACUCCAGGAGGAACGGAUCUCGGAGAUGAUGUCGGAGCUGGAGAUGAUGUCCGCGCAGAAGGAAGCAAUGGUUGAAGACUGUGCAGAAGCUAGAGAUGCUCGCGACCAAGCUGUCAGCAACCUCGAGGCAGCAGAGCUUGAGGUGGAAAAGUUGCAGGACGAGAACGACAAUCUCAAAGCGACCCAUGACGGUGAGCUAUCCUCUAUGGUAGCCAUCGUGGCCAAAGCGAUGUCGAAUGCUCGCUGCGCCCAAAGCAUGGUCGACCAGCACCUCAUCAACGAACCGCAGAUGUUAUCCAAGAUAGCCGUCCUUGAGGUCCAUAACUCGAAGCUCUCUGAAGAUAUACGAGUGCUUGCUGGCGAGAAAGAAGUGCUUAUUCGAGACUUGGCAGAGAGCGUCGCAUCACAGAGUUGUCUUGAAGCUCUCCGGACAGAAGAACAUGCCGAAAUGGGUCAGCUAGUGGUCUCGCUUGCGACUGUACACGAGGAAUUGAGCAACAGCGACUGCAAUUUGGAGAAGUCUCGUCAAGAGGUUGCAGCUUUACAAGCUCAACUUUCAUCUUUCCGCUGCGCACUCGAAGAUAAAGCAGCCACUUUAGAAUCAUUGCACGACGAACUCGAUGAACUUCGCUCCCGCCAUCAGAUCACCUGCAAAACCUUGACUAGAGCUCAGGACGACCUUCAGGAACGCAUUCAGGCGUCGCAAGCUGGCGAGAAUAGCGCCGAGCUACAAGAUCUGCAUGCUCGCCAUGCUGUCGAGGUCGGGGACUUACAAGAGCGCGUCAAGCACACGGACCAAGAGCUCUCACAAGCUACGCAGCUUUUACAAAGUGCCGACCUUCGCUUUGCAGAAGUGCAGCAAUGCAAUCGAGAAUUGAAGAAUCAGAUCGCAGCUCUCACGGACGACGCACAGAGAAGAGCCAAGACGCUUUCCAACACCCAGAACGAACUCGCUGCUGCCAAAGAGGAAUGCCAGCAUCUUGCAAGUCUCGUGGAACAGUCAACUGGCGAACUCAAAUUAGCAAAGCAAACUCACAUUGACGCUCUGCGACAAGCAGAGCAACAGAUCCACGAAUUGCAGGACGAUCGGGUGAAAAAAUUACAGAAUGAGAUCGCCAGUCGCAAGCAAGAUCAAGCAGCUUUCAAUGACCAGCUCUCUUCUCAUGCAGAUUGUCAAGCCAAAUUUGAUGCUCUCGAAACAGAACUUCGACAGGCGAAUGAGCAGGCUGAAGCUGAGUUAUCGAGUCUGCUGGCAGAGAAACAAUCGCUGCAAGUAGAGAACACCAGCUUGGAAGCAGAGAUUCAGCGCUCGAUGUCGUUAACGAGAUAUCUGGAGCAACAAGUACGGGAGAGUGAAAUAUCUAAUUCCUCCCUCAAGGAGACCCUCGAACAGGUACAGCUUCGACUCGCUCAGUCUGAAAAGGCGGGCAAAGCGGCCGAACUUAGCCUUGCACUCCAAACAACACAACACGAGAAGGCAAUAUCAUCCCUCCGGUGGGAGUUGGACGCGGUCCGUUCGGAACCAAAACUUCAUGACGUUGUCGCUGAAUUGGAAGAGAGAACUCGCGAAAUGGAUCAGCUAUUGCAAAGCAAGUGUGCUGAAAUUGAAGACUAUGACGAUCGGAUAUUGGAGCAAGUGAAUUCGCUUGCAGCGAACAAGAAAUUGUCUACGAAAGUGGAAUCUCUGACACGCAAGGUACAGAACCUUCAAAGCAAACUUGCUUCUGCCAAAGAAUCUGCGCAAACCUCACCGGCCAACCUCGCUGCACCGUCUGUGCAAACAGCGCAGCCACUGCCCAUUGUCCCUCCUGUGCCUCGGGUGCCUGUGUUCACGGAUACUAAGCCAAUCCUGGGACGAGAUCGAGCCAUGUCAAACACCCCAGCAGCAUCCCAAUCACAAACACCGGAGAGGAAACCUAUGCAGUCAGGUAUGACGCAAACUGGAAUCCCUGAAGAGGAAGUACCGACAUCUGCGGGUAAGAAGAGACGCGCACCAGAACAUGAUGACAGGGAAACUGUUCCACCCGAGGGCCGUUAUACGAGUGACUCGGACAUGCAAGCGGCCACUACGCCACGUCUCCGGAGAACAUUGCACUCAAGCCGAUCCGGAUUUACGCCGAUACGCUCUGCCAGAAGCAUAACCAGUCUGCCUUCACCAGGAAGACGAGCCACAACUACUAUCUCAGACGUGACGAACAGUCCUCGGUCCACAUCUGACCCUCAAACCUCUAGAACUUCGUCUAAACGGACCUGGUUGGGGAAGAUCAGAGGCGGAGUGCCGCAAUCCAAUAAUUUAGGUGGCAGAGUUGUAUCCUCGCGAGGAAAUGUGUUUGAGAAGAUGCCAGAUAUUCCGAGAUCGUCAUGA